UUAGAACACACUCAAAGUAUACACUCCUCCCUGUGGCCGAGGUAGAGGCGCGUUCUUUCCUAACCAGGUGCAAAAACAAAGAAAAGUAAACCACAAGAGUGUUUAUAACAGUGGCGCUGUCAUUUUUUUUUGGGGGGGGGGGCUGAUAUCGUCACGUGUUGGGUCUACGGGCGCGGGGUUCCAACAUGGCGGAGAAGCGCUCCAAUCAAGCGGCGCGCUGGCACAUAGAAGGAGUCAUUUGGGCGAUUUACACAGCAUCGCGUGCGAACUCACCGCUUGUCGUGACAGCGGGACAGAUGCUUCACAGGCAAAUGCUGCCUUCAGUGCGGGGAGCGUGGACGCGCCACGGCGCAUGCUCUCCUACCUCUCCCGAGCGGAGGAUGAGGAGCAGUGCCUUGCGCCACCACGGGGAUCUCAUGAUGGAAAAGGAAGAGGAGGGGGAGUCCAGUGGCAACAACCAUAAGACUCAAGUCAUACUGCACCUGCAGCCCAUCUUGCAUGGGGCAAAUUAUGACAAUGCAGAUACAAGCAGUACAGUCUUGGCCAUAGAGACACAACAUGAAGACAGCAAAUCAGAGGGAGACAGUGUGGAAUAUGGCUACCCCAUCACUUGUGGAGAAAGCAGAGCUGUUUUACUCUUUAAGAAGUUUGUGUGCCCUGGAAUAAAUGUUAGAUGCGUGAAAUUUAACGACCAGCUUAUCAGUCCUAAGCAGUUUGUACACCUGGCAGGGAAAGCCACUCUCAAGGACUGGAAAAGGGCCAUCAGACUGGGUGGGGUUAUGCUCAGGAAAAUGAUGGACUCUGGCCAGAUAGAUUUUUACCAGCAUGACACGGUGUGCAGCAACACGUGCCGCAGCACCAAGUUUGAUAUGCUGAUCAACAGCUCGCAGGUUCCUCCGGGGACCUCAGUGCACCCCAACCCCUCAUGUUUGACUCUGGAGCCUCUUGGAGGACAAAUGCCUACUCUGACAGGAGAUGUUGUACAUGAUUCAACUGACAUCGAGGAGUCUUUGGAGGAUAAGUUUGGAGGAGAGUGGAAAACGGCAAACAUCACCACAGCCAAUGGACAUGCAAAGAGGAUGAGGACCGAUACACCUGAUGCCAUAUUGAGCCUGUGGAAGGGUGUGGCAGAGUGCGGACUGAUGGGGGGUGUCCUCGCCGGUCUCCAGACACAGUUAUUGGCUACUCUGAAGGGACUUGAGGUUCGCACCGAGACAGAGUUGCAGGAAACGGAUGCCAUCAUACUAAAUUCCCUGUGUGAGAUGUUUGGCCUCUUAGACUCAGUGAAGCAAGCGCUGGAGCAGAGAGGCAGCCAGCGGGAUGACAGUAAAGAUGAAAGCGUUUAUGCGCUGGGGGAUCUGUCAAAGGAAAGAAGGAAGCAGGCUUGCGUUAAAAACCUGUCUUACAAAACUGCAGCCCACAAGCACCUCCGGCCCCAACGCCACCCGCCAUCCAACGUCAGCAACACUGUGAUCCAGCCUCUCUCUCUCGUGGGCUUUCCCGCACCGCCAUACACUCAUCCACCCUCCAUCAACCCUACGCAUGUCGGCCACUUCCUCGCGCGAAGGGGACUGCGCAGUAAGGGCCAAGAGAGGGCGCAGGCGCUCUGCGAGUCUGACAAAGCGGCGAAUGUGCACAGGCCCGCACAAGAACUAACCUUGGGGACACGCCAAGAUCUUGGACAAAGAGUGUGCACGCUUCAGCCUCAGCCAGCAAGCGAGGAGGUAAAUGAGGGAGAGACCUUGUGUGACUUUCAAAAAGUGGCUUUGGGGAGGAAGGGGUUGAAAAAACUUAAAAGUAAAUGAAACCAAGAUAUUCCCAAAGUCUAAAGCGAAUACAUUUCUAUUAGUGGGGGCCCUUAGGGAGAUUUUAAGAUGUGUUCAUUCACUUUUGUCUAGGGCAUACUUAAAUGAUUUGGCUAGGGCGCCGGCGCCGGUGACCUUUGGGGUUGCCACAGCGGCUGAUCCAAUAUGGCAAUCUUAACACGCUUUUGCCUCUACAUUUUAACCAGACGAGCUACAAAUCAAAACUUGGUGUCUAUUUCAUGUUUUUUUGACAAUUACAAAUAUGAUGGAAAAAACUUCUUUAUGAUUGGGUGAGUCUGGACACAUAUUUAGCAUUGUUCCAAGAAGGCGGCGAUGUGAAAAUUAGGUGUACCUUAACUUUUGAUACUUUUUGCAAACUUUAUUUUAGGUUUUUUGAGCAUCAGAAACAUACUGGAAUGAUCAGAUUUAUGAUCAUUUAUUUAUUAGACCGCUUUAAUUUCCAUAUUAACAACAUAGCCAUUUCUACCAAAAUGUAUUGCACAGAUAUAAUGUAAAGCUGCCGAUAUAUUUCAUUGUAACAUUAGUAAAAGUAGAGAAAGUCAGUGUUGCCCCCCCAACUUUUUUGUCAUGUAAUGCAUUUUUCAGUGAAGCUAUUAUCAAAACAUAUGGCCUCCACAUCAUCUAAUAGUAGCAGCAGCAGCAGCAUCAUCAAUUGGGACUUAUGUUGUCUCUGCCAAUUACAGUCUGAUGACCCCUUACAAACACCCAAAAGCGAAUGACUUUUGUCACUAGAAAAGGAUCUCAGAGAUUUCAUUGAAAUUGCGAAUGCUAUACCUUCAUGUAUAAAUGUCACAAUUGAUCCAUUGAAUGAUGGUUCGGGUAUCGCAUCAACACUUGCAUUAAAUAAGGCCAAAUACCACAAACGCCGCAGAAACUACUGCAGUAGUUCUCUUGUUAAAAGGGCUAGAAAGCAUGGGGAUCGUGCUGCCCCCACCUUAUUAAGUCCUAAAAAGCUUCUAUCAAGUCAUCCCCAAACCAGUGGUUGGUAUUCAUUGUGUGAUAUGUGAUCAUUUCAUAUAAACAUUAGAAAUGAAUCAAGCAUGUUGCACCAGGUUUUACUCACAACAAUGCCCAAAUUACGUCCCAUGUCUUCAGAAUAGCAAAACACCCCUUGGAAAUAUGCAAAUUAGGGGGUGUAGACACACCCAAAAAUUUAAAUGAGAAUUCCAACACAUUUCUAAGUGUCAAAACACAUGAAAUAGUCACUAGGUUUACAUUUGUAGCUCAUCCGUUUCAAAUGUUAGAGACAAAAGCUAUUACAAGCGGUGGUCAUUUUUGAUUGGCCGCUGUGGCGACCCCAAAGGUCAUCGGCGCGAGCACCCUAGCUAAAUCAUUUAAGUAUGCCCUGAGCUACACCUGUGUCAAAUUUGGCACUUUUAGACAAAAGUGAACGAAAAUAUCCCGAAGGGCCUCCACUAUAUGUUUCCCCUCAUGUAAAAGUAGUCGGGGAAGUGUGGAAAAAUGCCACAUUUCUGACAAUAUUUGUAUUGAAAAACAAUUUUGUGAGUGAUUGUAUAAGUGUUGAGUUUUUUAUGAUGCUAAUUUUUAAACACCUCACUCAGGCUUGUAUUUAGUCACGAUAUGUGCAAUAAUGCGUAAAGAUGCUGCACAAUUAAGCUAGUUAUGAAAGUUGUAAGACUAGAUCCAUGCUUGUUAUCGGGCAGACAUAGACUCUAUGCACUGAAGAAUAAUCAGACUUUUUUUUAAAGCUUCAGCAUAUUUGAAAAAAUCCUUUACAAUAGAAAAAAUCUGAUCUAUAUUGUGUCAAAGCGUUGUUUUGUGUCUAAAUAAAAACCAAUCAAUCAAUCAA